AUGGAAAUAAGAGCUAUGAGUGCUGAUAACCAAGACCAAGUAGAGUCAAACCCUAUUGCUACCAAUUGGGUGCAAGGAAAAUCACAAAAUGAGCUGAUGGAGUCUCAAAUACAAGACCCUAUCAUAAAAAUUGUUAGGGAAUGGAAAGUUAAUAGUGAUGUUAAACCACAAUGGCAAGAAAUAUCUCACCUUAGUAAAAUACAUAAGGCAUACUGGGCUCAAUGGGACAGGCUUGUAGUUGUAGAUGGAAUUUUAUAUCGUAAAUGGAUCAAUACCAUUACCAAUACACAAAGUCUCCAAUAUAUUCUACCCCAUACCUUUAGACGUGAAGUGUUAAAACUACUACAUGAUGACCCUUUAGCUGGACACAUGGGCAUUAAACGAACUGGUGCUCGUGUGCGCCAUAGAUUUUAUUGGGUAGGCUACCAAACUUUUGUAGACAAGUAUUGUCAAAGGUGCAUUGAAUGCCAAAAACGUAAGGGACCAUCAAAGGGUACCAGGGCAUCAAUGAAAACCUAUGUUGUUGGAGAGACCAUGGACAGAGUUGCAAUUGAUUUAUUGGGACCUAUACCACAAACUUACAAUGGCAAUAGAUAUUUAAUGGUCAUUACAGACUAUUUUACUCGUUAUGCCGAGGCAUAUCCAAUACCAAAUAUAUUUGCUUCUACUGUGGCUGAUAAAAUGGUGACCGAAUUUAUAUGCCGUUACGGAGUACCCACUCAAAUCCAUACAGAUCAAGGUUCCCAAUUCACUUCAGAUCUAUUUUUACAAUUGUGUAAACUUUUACAUAUAGACAAAACUAGGAAUAGCCCCUUCCACCCACAAAGUUCUGGGUUGGUUGAAAGGUUAAAUGGCACAAUUGAAGAUAUGCUGAGCAAAGUAGUCUCUAAGAACCAAAGAGACUGGGAUACAUAUGUUCCAUUAUUAAUGCUGGCUUACAGAUCAGCCCCCCAUGAAACCUUAGGAGAAUCCCCAAAUAACAUGAUGUUUGGUCGUGAAGUUCACAUGCCCAUUGAUUUAAUUUAUGGUGUUCAAUCCCCUGAUGGUAAAUUAUCGAGACCAGAAUAUAUAGACCAAUUGACCAGUCGUAUGGACAAAGUGCAUACUGUAGUCAGGGAUAGAUUGGUGCAUGCCGCUGCUCGGCAGAAACGCAAAUAUGACCUCACCAGUAAAAAUUCUCAAUACAAAGUGGGAGACGGAGUAAUGUUAAGGGACUCAAAGAAAUAUAAAGGGCGAAGUCCUAAAUUUCAGUUCAAAUGGGAGGGACCCUUUACUACUAUGGAUGUACCAAUAUGGAACCAUCAGUGUGAGGAUUGUGGUAAGAGAUUUCCAACCUCAACCAAGUUAAAUAAACACAGACGCCAUAAUCAUGGAACUAAAAUACAGUGCCGGUACUGCCCCUGGACCUGUAGUGCUGAUGAUAAGUACCGCCUACGUCAACAUGAGACAUCCAGACACACUUAUCAUCAGUUCUAUCCAGGGGACACACCAAGACAUACAGGCAGCGUGAAGUCCUCAGUGGAAAGGGUGGAAAAGACUUUUCCAACAAGAAGCCAACCCACACAUACAUAUCCACCAUCCAGUAUCAGUCCUAGACAUUCAGAAGCUACAAUUCAGCAAAUUACUGAAUUGCUGGAUGAGCAGAUGCCUGAUUUUGCAGAGCUUCUGAAUGAGCCUAGGACACCUUCACCAAUGAAGAGGCUGAGAAAUGAUGAAACGACACCAACCCUAUCACCUACACUUUUUAUACCAUCGAACAUUCUUUUCAGCAAGUAUCUAGAACCCAUUUCACCAGAACCAUUUAAAGAUAAUCCAGUUAUGACUUAUUCUCCAUCAGACCAGCCUUUUAUUUCCAGACCAUCACCAUCACCAGUACCCGUAUCAUUAUCAUUACCUUCACAGUCAGAUGAAACACCUAUACCAUCAUCACCUAUAUACACACCGAUAGAUUUAACCAAAUCAGUUACACCCAUUAUUGUAGACCAGACUAAUGAGGAACCAAUGGACUUAUCGAUGAGUAGUAAAAAUUUGUUACCAACCACCUCCCCUGAACCACUACCACAACCAUCACCAUUGCCAUCACCUGUACCAUCAUCAUCAAAUGUACCAUCACCAUCACCAGUACCCGUAUUAUUAUCAUUGCCUUCACAGUCAGAUGAAACACCUUUAGACCUAUCAAAGAAAUCAGACAACAAAAUCCUUCCAGCUGAAAUUGAUUGUACUUUACCCACUAACCAGUGGAAGAAGCCGACUGAAAUCAAAGUGGAUCCUUCAGAUAAUAAUGAUGCAUCACUCGACCCAAGGCUGUUUUUCGCUGGAGCCCCAUCCUCUUAUAUGAAACACCCCCUAGCUAAAACACUGCAAGAGCAAAUCAAUCUAUGUAGGAAAACCCGUGCCUCUCGGUACCAGAGAAGGCUAAUACCAAUUGGUACCAGCCGGAUAAUGAAGGAGGAGAGAUGCUACCUGCCUGACGGUACAGUCUUGGAACUAAGGGACACUUGGACUGCCAAUUACACUGAGGAAUAG